CGCUCUAGCAGUGUGAGCGUGUUGUUGUGAUUGUGCCAGGCCGCUCCCGGGGCACCAGCAGCACCAGUGCCCCCCACCCCGGAUCCCUGCAGCCAGGAGGAGGCUGGGAGAGAUGGGACUGUGCCUGCCAUGUCUAGGGGGUGCUGCUGAGGAUGUGGUGGAGACCCCUGAUCCCGACCUGAAGAGGAGACAACUGGCUGAAGCCGCAGAGAAAAGACAGAUGGAAUCUGCCGCUCGGGGAAUUAAGAAUCCCAAUUCUGUGGACCACAAGAAAAAGAAGAAGGAAGAGGUUGAGAAGAUGAUGUCUGACACAGCCCCCCCUGGUGGUGGUGGGGGAGGACUACGGUGGCAGGUUGGCUAAUGACACUCGGGGGCAGAAGACACUUACUGAUGGCAGAUACGGAACAUGGAGAACGUCCAUUGUCAGGCUGUUGCUGUUUGCAUUUGUGGAUCCAGAAGAGCGUUGGUGCAGCCAUGAUUUCUGCACAUUGUUGCUUUGCGGUCCGUUGCGGCCAACUGCGAUUUGUAACGUACUGGAUUGCUUGUGCUAACACGAACCUCCAAUACUCACGAAUGAAAGAGGAAAAUUCCAUUUAAUAAAUAUGUUAGUGACUUGCAGUGAUGACUGUCAAUAUAUCCCGAAACUCAGUGAAGUUUUGUUUUGAAAUGUUCCCGUCACGCAGACACACAGCAGGGCGGCCAUUUUGUCAGCCAAACCAAUAUUCAGCAGAUUGCAGCCUCUCAGUUCAGUGGGAACUAGUGACAUCACUGAGGCACGAGGCACACGAGACCUCAGUGGAUUGAUAGGCUGAGUAUUUGUUGGGCACACAGAAUGGCUGCCUUUGCUUUUUCGUGGGCGACGGUUACACUGUAAGCGCCUCCGUUCUGUAGAAUCACAGCGCGUCUCACUUGUAGCUGGGACAGUGCACAAAUGCUCAGUGUUACAGGUCGUUAUGGGGAAUAUUAAGCUAUUGUGUGUAUAUAGUUAUGUGCUGAUGAUAUAAACCCUUCUGUUUAAUUGUAAUUAUAAUAAAAUAACCUUUAUCUGA